UUCUAUCUGUAGCCCACCCACGUGGCAUUGAUCUGAGAUGUCCAGAUUUCUAUGCAUUUCUAGAGUUCUGAGCCGGAAAUGCUCUUCACAGUUGUAUAGGAGAUUGCACCAAACCUCUGUCCCUGUACCCUUGCUAGAUGAUCAAGAUCACCACAUCAGGCAGCAUUAUAUCACUCGCUCUAUCAACUCCCCAAGAAUCAGACAUGUCCACCCACCAUUUAAACCUGUGAAACAUUCAGAGGAGAAAGAUGGACAUGAAAACCAUCAGUCUCAAAGCUGGAGGCUAAGUCGUGUUGGAGCACUUUUGGGCACUGCAUUGAUUCUUUGUGGAGCUGACCAACAUAGUAAGGACAGACAGCUAAUGUUGGCAGUCAAGCAAGACAACGUGUCUCAAGUGACUCAGCUACUCAACUCGGGAGCUGACGUAAAUUCAAGACACCCCUUGGGAUGGACCCCCCUACACACUGCUGUCGUCAACGGCAACCUGCAAGAGAUACAGCUGCUACUGGAGAGAGGUGCUGACGUGAACAUGAGAGACGAUUUCUCAACUGCUAGGAGAGUAGCUCAACAGCUGGGAAUGGGGUCAGACAGAGUUGCCCUCAUUCGCGACCGUGAGUUCUGCUCGCUCAUCAACCACCAUGUCAGCUGCUCUGGUUUCACUGCCCUCCAUUAUGCCAUUGUCAUUGACAAUAGAGAGGUGGUCGAGUGUCUACUGGAGAGUGGGGCUGACCCCACCAUUGAGAACCACAGAGGACUCGCUCCUUCAGACUACUGUACCAACCAGGAGAUUCUAACUCUGCUACAACAACACACUGUCAUGAUAGAGGAGAUGGAGGCCAGGAGAAGACUAGAAGAAAGGAGACAGUUCCCCCUGGAGGAUAGAUUGAGGGAGGCAAUGGUGGGACAGGAGGGACCCAUCACGGCAGCUGCUGCAGCCAUACGGAGGAGGGAGAAUGGCUGGGGGGACGAUGAGCAUCCGCUCGUCUUUUUGUUCCUCGGUUCGUCCGGAAUUGGGAAGACAGAACUGGCCAAACAGAUUGCCAAGUACAUACACAAAGACAAGAAGAAGCGAUUCAUUCGAUUGGAUAUGUCUGAAUUCCAAGAAAAACACGAGGUAGCCAAACUAAUAGGGGCUCCCCCUGGCUACGUUGGUUAUGACCAGGGGGGUCAGCUGACCUCACAGCUGAGCGACUGCCCCGAUGCAGUGGUGUUGUUUGAUGAGGUGGACAAGGCUCACCCUGACGUGCUCACUGUACUCCUGCAGCUGUUCGAUGAGGGUCGUCUAACAGAUGGUCAGGGGAAAACCAUUUCUUGCAAGGACGCCAUUUUUGUGAUGACCUCUAACCUUGCCAGUGACGAGAUUGCAAGCCAUGCCCUCCAACUACGAAAAGAGGCCAGCAAAGCAGCAAAGAAAUAUCGCCACUCUGAGGACGAGCCUGAGGGUCACAUUGAGAUAUCUAGAGAGUUCAAAGAGCAAGUUGUGGAGCCGAUACUAAAGUUCCACUUCAAGAGAGACGAGUUCUUGGGUCGCAUCACAGAGAUGCUCUACUUUCUGCCCUUCUCUCGCUCUGAGCUCAAUCAGCUGGUGGAGAGGGAACUCUGCACUUGGCAGGAGAGGGCCCUCCAGAGACAUGACAUUCAGUUGAGCUGGGAUAAGGAGGUGUUGGACGUACUGGCUGAUGGCUACAAUGUCAAGUAUGGGGCAAGGUCCAUUCAGCACGAGGUGGAACGGAGUGUGGUAAACAAGUUGGCAGCUGCCUACGAGGAGGGUGUGAUUGGACGGAGCAGUCAUGUGACACUGGUCAUCAAUGGAGAGGAGGGAGGACCAGCAUCUAUCAAGCUACAAGUUUACUCACUGACUAACAAAAAAUAAAGUAGUUCAUUUUUUAUUAAUUCAUUAAAUUCAUGAUUGUGUUGUACAACUAAUUAUACAAUUUAGUUUUGUAUAUAAAAUAGUUCUGAGUGUUCUAUUAAUUAACUUGAAAAUAUGAAA